AUGGUUGGUGGCCUACGCAAGGUUCCCGACACUCCCGAUCUCAAGCAGAAGCAAAAGUCGACGCUACUCUACCCGGAAUCCGAUCCAGUCCCAUCUUACCCAUCAUCCCCAUCAGGUUCUCGACUCGCGCCGCUGCCAGAGGCGCCAACCGCUGCUGAUUCGUCUGAAUCUUCCGAGCCCCACGAUUUGCAGCCCAAAACCUCCUUUCAGUCAUCCGUCACUGCGUCCACGACUUCAGAAAAGACGAACUACAAAGUCUACGGCUCCAAUUCUCCCCAAGCGACCGACGUCGACAGUGUUUUACAUGCGCCAUCGACGACCUCCGAGACGACAAACUAUAAGGUAUUCGGUUCCAGCUUACCUUCUUCGCCCGAGCGAGAGGAGUCGUUGCAACCGCCAUCCUCGAGCCACUCCAACUACGUAGUCCUUGGCCGGUCUUCGCCUCCAGAACCAUCAUCUGCCGAGAGAAGUCCCCCAAAGACGGCCGAUAGCGAACAGAAUUACGUUGUGCUCAGCGCGUCGUCCCCAGCACCAUCAUCCGCCGCCUCUAGCCGCCGUUCCCGUAUCAGGCCCGAGUACUCGCAGGAAAGCCUUUUGGUGGCUCCGCUGAAACCCUACAAGGCGAAGAAGAGGGCCAACGAAAGGUUUGGAUACUACAAGUCGCGUUCGAGGGAUUCCUUGCGCCGUGCAGCGUCGGUGAAGUCGAUUUCCGGCUCACUCACUCUCGAAGCAGCCCAGAAUUUCCUCGCCUCUCCUGCUGCAUUCUAUCGAUCCCGUGUUCUGGCCAGCCAGCCAGGUCGGCAGCCUGACGCGCGAGCUGCGCCAACGGAACCCGCACCCAUUUCUGUUCCUGCUGAAUCCCACAUGACCACCCAUCCUCACCAAUGGAGCUCCCAACUAUCCACCGUGAUUUCGGAGAGUGAAGGGGACAGCGAGCCUCCAUCACGUUCCGUGUCUCCAUGGUCUGUGCCUGGGAGACGGGGUAGCAUACCGUUGAGCAGCCAUAGCCGGCAGAUGCUUAGCAUUUCGUCAUCGCUAGCUGCAAACGAGGAGCGCUCACUCUCUCACUCCAGAUCCUUCACGGACUCUCUCGAACGCCCUCAAGCUACACACAGCAGAGGGAACACGCUUCGCAUGGUCAGCGAUCGAGACGAACAUGGCGACGGCCUGGCAGAGCUGAACCAGCUGCAUCAACGGCCUUCGCGGACCGGCCUUUCAAGCUUCUUGUCGAGUUCCUCGUCAGACCGGAACCUCCACUCCUCUAGUAGCUCCCGUGCAAACAGUCUUAACUCAGCGUCUAUCCCCGCUUGGGCCAAGUAA